AACUUUCUAAAGUGAAUAACCAUGAUUUGCUUUUAUGGUUGACAUGGAAGAGCUGCUUCAAGAUAUUUUCAGAGAAGCUACAGGGCCGAAGUUGAUAUCUCUGAAAAAAUCAUGUCAGGAUGCGUUAGAAGUGCUAUGUAUGCAAGAAAGCAGCCGUCGGGCGUCGUACGAGCUGCGGCGCGCGUGCCUGCUGCCCCUGCAGAUCGCGCUCGAGACCAAGCGCCCCCGCCUUGUCGCAUACGCGCUCCAGGGCUUUCAUAAAAUACUACGCGAUGAUCGAUUUCACCGAGGUAUCGAACCAGAAGAUGAUUCUCUAUGGAUGCCAUCCCAGCUGCUGUGUGCCACUACAUCGGUCAUGUAUCAUCUACCAGACACACAGGUGCAAAUAUUCCGCAUGUACCUGUCGAUGGCAUUAUCUCCGCGGCGCACGCUCAACGGGCGUCUGUGCGUGUGGGCGUGCGGGCGCUGCGGCGAGGCGGCGGGCGCGGCGCCGCACGUGGCCGCCGCCGCUAGGGCCGCCGCGGCACAGAUGUUGAGGGCAUAUUGCGCUCAACUGGAUGAAGAAUGCCAAGAGCUUCUAACAGAAGGAUCACCACUUGGUCGAAAUCAUAUCGUUGCAGUAGGAUGCUAUAGCGAAGUAAUACCGGUCAUACAAUAUUUAUGCAGCAGACUUGCAGAGACACAGCUAAUACCCAAGCAAAAUCCAUUAGCCUUGUUCUUCUUGGACUGCCUGCUGACUCUCAUGUCCAGCCUUUCUGCGCGAGUUAGCGGAAAUUCGCAUUUUACAACUUUUCUUUGGCAAAAGUUCUGCCCAUCACUCAUUUCCUUUCUAGGAACACCGAGAGUAGAUAAAAAUAUAAAAUCUAGGGAGCAUGAUGGCCAUUUGGUUGACGAUUCAGGCAGAGGAUCUGGUGCAUUAGUUUGUGCUCCCAGUUUUAAUAGCAAACAAGCAAAAGCUAUUUACAGCAUUGCCAAUCAACUGGUCCGUCUCGUGGGCUCGACCUCAACAUUACGACCGGUACUUGAAGCGUUGUACCACAGGAUGCUCCUAUAUCCGCCCGUACAACAUCGCGUGGAGCCUUUACGUAGCGUUCGAGAAAUGCUCCAUAAUCCCAAACGAUUGUGCCAACUAGUACUCAUGAAGAGAGCUGAUCAUCCUGAACGACACAGCGAUGAUAUGGCUAUUAUUAGACUAAUAAUGGAUGGUAUAGAAGAUUGUGGUCGAAGCGGUAACCCAGAGGUGGUAGCUGCUGCUGUAGAAUGUGUUUUCUCUCUCUUGGAUGCUUUGGAAAAGCUCUGUUCAGGUUCUGGUGAAUACUUAACAGCUGAUGUAACAACUCUCAUACUUGAUCAUUGGCCAAAGCUUCAAGAUGCCGAUUAUACUGGCCCAUUAACUUAUCAGACUUUAGCGAGACUACCGAGUCCUUAUAGAGAUGUUGUAGCUGUUCUACAGAGUAACGAAUCAAAUGACCAUGAUUCUUCGGAUACAUCUGGGCCAGAAAACAUUAGCUCCGGUAGUGAAGCUGAAGCGGACUCAGAUGCUGAUAAUGUAUUUUUACCAUCAAGAGCAAACAAUCCCUCAUCACCGAAAACCGCACAAAAAGAAAAUUUCAACGAAAAGACUAAAACUAUUCCUAAAACCUUAAAUCUUGGAAGAUGCACAAUCACAGAAUGCAACGUGGAUCUAGAAAGACAUAACGCGAGACAAUUUGUUAAGAUUCUACAAAACUCUCUAUUGCCUAAACUUAUAAGUCUACGAACAUGUAUCGAGGUGGACGAAGCAAUGCAAGACUUCGCGUCAAAGUGCUGUCAGCACAAUGCAUCCCAGCCGCCCGCCACCGUGUGCAUCAUGAACGCGGACGGCGUGUACCUCGCCACGUACGCAGCACUACUGCUGACGUUGAAGCAGCGACGCACAAGAUACUACACCGACAGCAGUAAAACCCAAGUGCCUCUGACUGAAGACGAAUUCGUGGAUGAAGUACAAAACAGCGGAGUGUUGGUCUACCUAUCGGCGACAUGGCUUCGAGAGUUGUACCAACAAGUCCUUGCCACUGAUUUAUUGAAAGAUGUGUCCACAGCUGAGCAUCCACUGAUACAUUUACUAUCUGAUUUGGGCGGACUAGACCAAAACCCAGUUAUGUCAGACUGGCAGAAACUUAAAGAAGUUUCGAUGAUUUAUAACAAUAUGAAUGAUUCUCAGGAGUACCAGGCCAGCUUACGAUGGUCUAGAAGGAUUUUGACAUGUAUUUGGGAUUCUAUGGUCACAGUAUUAAGCGGACCUCUGACUGGAUACAGAAACAAGAAACACAAGCUCCAGGGAAUGAUAUCAACGAAAAUCAACACAUUCGGUAAAAAGAAGCGUAUAGCUUGGGAAGGUUUGACGAUACAGUGUCUAGAAGGACUUCAUAAGGCCGCAAGAAUAAGUACGACCUUAAGUCUUCAAAAUCGUUGCAGCAGCAUUUUAGCACUUUUAGCCAAUUCAGCUAUAUCCCAACCGGCUAAUGGAAAGAUUUUAUCAACGCAUGCACUAUCACUCGAUAUUUUAAUUUCAGGUGGUCUAGAACUAGGUUCAAAAGCACCAGAAUGUUGGGAACAUAUAUUCGCAGCAUGUCAGUACGUGUCAAGCUUCGAACAUUCCUUGUUUGGUCAGCAAGGUAACAACGCAACACCAAUAGUUACGAUGCAAACGGGAAGAAACAAGACUGUUUCCAUACUACAGGCCGAUGCCAAGAUGUCCUUGAAUGGAAGAGAUGAUGAAACUUGUGUUGACAUUUUCAACAUUUUGCAACCGGUGCUCGAAAACAAUCCUAACAACGACAUGUCUGUAGCAAAAAUAGUGGAGACUUGUCGACAAGAGGGCGGCAACGUGAUAUCGGGUGCGGGCGCGGCGCGCGUGUGCUGCGCGCUGGCGGCGGCGGCCGACGCGCUGUUCACCCGCCUCGCCGCCACUACCACGCUGCCGGCGCUUCGAGCAGCUCUGCAGCGUCUCGUGACACACAACCAUCGAUUACUGUUCGCGUCAUGGGAACAGGACGUAGCUAACAACAACGCGGCGUGGUGGCGAAGAGCGCGCACAGGGGGAGGGAGCGGCGCGGGGGCCGCGGGGUGUGGGGAGGCAGCACGCGCGCUGUGCCGCGCCGGUGACGUAGCACUGCGUUGCCUGCGCGCCGCACGUCCUCUUGCACAUAGAAUGGCGAUCUGGACCGUCGUAGGACCACACUUUAUGCAGGCAGCUUGUCAUAAAGAUAUUCAGAUUUCCAGUUUGGCCAUACAAUGUUUACACGAUUGCGCGACUGCUUUGCUCAACCAACAAGUUGAGCUUCCCCAUUUUCACUUCAAUGAAGCCUUAUUGAAGCCUUUCGAAAAUCUCCUGUGCCUCGAAUUAUGUGAUGAUGAUAUACAGGAACAGAUAAUUUCUUGCAUCUGCGAAUUUGUGGAAACGAACAGAAUGGAGAUUCGAUCAGGUUGGCGUCCAUUAUUUAACACACUGCGAGCAGCAAAUAACUCUAAUCAAUAUUCAGCUAUUCUUGAAAUAUUCAAAGUAUUUCUCAAUACCGAUAACACAUUGGUAUUCGCUAAUGCGGCACUUGACUGCAUUCUAUGUCUUUUAAGUCAUAUAAAGGGACUUCAUUACGAAGAAACACCAAGCACCGAAGUAAAGCCAAAGAAAGUCACUACACUACCUCAGCCAAAGCCAAGUUUAAGCUUAAAGUUCUCUAAAAACAGCAAAUUCAUACCACUUAAUGAAGAAAAGUCGGAAAAAGUUAUAGUUGAUAUGUGUAGAGAGGCAUUAUACCACUUAGAAAGUUGUGCUGAUAUUUUGACUAUGAUGUACAAUAUGCCAAAAUGCCCAAUAUUUAAUACUGGUAACAGGAUUAAAGGUGAUUUGCCGUUAUCUGUAGUCGAUCCAAUCAUACCUAGCGGGUCGCUGGAUGUAACCAAGUAUAUUGUGAAUGAAAAUUGCAAUGAGGAAUUAAUUUCAUAUAAAAAGUUAUCGACAAGUUUACCACCAUCGAAUACGACUAAUAACUGUUUGUUGAAACUGGACAAACCGAGUAACAUACUAAAAGUUUGGUACGUUCUUAUCGAAGGUUUAAUUUCAGCGACUGUUGUAUGCUCCAAAAAAAAUCAACCAGCGGCAAUGGAGACACUAUUCAAGUUACUUAGAAAUAUAUCCGAUGUUCCUGGAACGCAUUUUGGUUUACAUUGCAUAAACCAUCUUCUGCUACCGACUGUACAAAAUUGGCUACGGCAAAUAUCAAAUGUUCACACACACUGGGACAGUGUCGUGCCUAAUUUUAAGCAAUGCUGUGGUAUGACUACAGACAUGUUUGUUAUAUACUUACACCAACUGCAACAAAUCAAUAUUGAAAGAACUACUGCUGAUGAAAAAGAUGAAGAACUUUUAAUAGAACCAACUGAAAGCACAGAGGCAACAUUUGCUUUAAAGCAAAUAAUGCUUAUCUUAGUAGAAUGUAUAGCACAACCGCAAGAACCAAUAGCAAGAUUGGGUGCAUCGUGUAUUCGUCACAUAAUUUUAACGUCAGGACAUCUAUUAACAGAUAAUCAGUGGGAAAUAAUUUGCACGAGUCUACAUAGAGCUUGCAACGUCAGUUUGAGUCCACUCAAACAGUUAACUUAUGCGUUUAAAGAAAAUUCUAAUAGUUUUUAUGGAGACUUGGCAAUAGUUAAGGUUGCAGCGAGACGAGAUUGCUCUGUAAAUGACAACGUGAGAUUGCAUGCAAUGGCGCAACAAGUAUUCCUGACUGAUCAGCUAAGAAGUGAUAGUCAAUUAAAACAGACAUCUAAAGGUUCAUCCCAAAAUUUAAUUGAUGAUCGAAGCUACAUAUUUCUUAUUUACCUUCAAGAAUCUGUCAACUCUCUUAAUCCUGAUUUAUACACUGUAAGGAUACCUAAUAGAGGAUUAGUUGUAGGACUGUUGGCUCACCAAAUAUUAGUGCAAAUUAUUGCGACAGUUCUAAUACAAUCAUCAUCAGAUGUCUUUCACGGAAUUAACGGCAUAUUAUUAGAAAGUUUUAAAAGUGGUACAAAUGUUUGCAAUUACAAAUUCUUCUUGAAUAAAUGUAAUAUUGAACUUUUAUUAAAAAGCUUAGAGUUGUCUUAUACCAGAGCUAUGCAGUUCGAUUCAAGACCAGGAUUAAAAUUUCUCGUUCAAAAAGUAUCAAACUUAGAUCAUGCGGCUAAUCUUUACAAACAAACUUCUUCAUCAUGGCUGAUUAAAGUUAUAGCCCUUACGGAAAUAUUUUUCAGUGGUGUUAUGAAAUUUAAAAUGAAAUCAACAGAUGUAUCUAUUAUAUUAAAUAAUUAUAAAACUACAUUAAAUAUGACUUUAGAGUAUGAUCAAUUUAUCAUGAAGAUAUUUGAUUUAAAGGCAACGUGGGAAUUGCUCUGCGGUAGUUAUGUAAAACAUUUGAUAAAUAUUUCUGAUUUCGAUGACUGUGAUAAUAUCAAGGAUCGAAUUUCAUGCAGUUCAGAAGAAUCAGAUUCAUCUUCUAAUAAUUACGAUCACUAUUACUCUCAAGAGCCAGCAGAGCCACCUCAUGAAACUCUAGCACAAGAAAAUGAAAAAUUGAAUUCGUCUGUAGAGGAAGAAAUUAAAAAACCUAAACCUUUCACUUUCGCUGACUUUAAAACUAAUACAAUAAAUCAUGAACCUAAUACUCAAACUGAACUGACAUCUAAAACUGAUAAAGAAGCGAGAAACGAAAAAUGUCUACGUUCUGAUGAAUCAGAAAAAAAUGUUGUAAAAGAUUCUGUGCAUAUCAAACAUCGUCGAUCGUCGGAGUAUCCCCAGGGCAACAUAAGCCCCGUUAUAACUAAACGACGAUGCGCGUCAGAAAAUAUCGACAGUACUAGAAAAGUCAAUAUAACUAUAUGUGAUGGACCAGCUUAUGAAAAAAAUAAAAAUAUUGAACCAAUAAUUCCACCACAACCUGUCCCUCCUGAAAUAGAACAACAAAGAUCUAUUAGUAUUAAUAAGGAUAUGGAAGUGCAACGAAAUUGUUUCCAGAACAUUUUGAUGGCUUACUUAGAAUUGGUACUGACCUUUCCGUUGGAGCGGUUCCAACUCAUCUAUCCCGUUUUGCAGACAGGAUUUAUGCAGCUAGCUAAAAUGGUCACCGAACCGCAGCUGCUCGAUAGAAUCAACAUAUUUUUCGAUAAAAAAGAUUUAUCUGAAUUUAGACAUAAGUAAUAAAUUUAUUGUGAUACUGUAAACGUCACAUUAUAACAUUAUAUUCCAAGAUCAAUAAGUGUUGUGCGUAAAAUAAAAUAACUGUAUAUCGGA